AUGAGCUCGUCGUCGCCUUCGCUGGUCGACUCUACAUCCCUCUUCUCCAGCUCGGACAUCGAGCAAACCCCGCCUCCCAACAGCGCACCACAGCGGUCGCCACAAUACCAGCAGCAGAGACCCGCUCAACCACCACGCCUUCCCUCUCCCAGACUCUUCCGCGAUUUCUUCAAUGCCAUGGCCGAGACGGGUUCACACCGACAAGCCACUCUCCCCCGCACAAAUUUUCAAGACUCCGUCCAAGGCGUCAACCAAGCCCUGCGGAGCGCAAACAGAGCCUUGCAGAGCGCCCAGGAGGCAUUUCAACAAACGAGAAGACUGAGAGAAAACCAGCAAAACAACCAGACUGUUGACCUGACAAGCAGUCCGCCUGACCAGGUUGCAGAAGCUCGCUUCUUCUCGCAAAUCACACACCCUCACGACUCCUCAUCGAACUCAAGAGCAAGAAGACUCAACACACUUGACGAGCCUGUGUACGGCCCACCUUCGAAUUCCCAUCCUCAUCCUCCAGUCCUCAAUCCUUCGGACCCCUUGACCCUCUUCAGACUUUGGCCCGUCCCUACAUCGAACCCGCCUCGGCUGCCGCACCCGGAUCACAACGUGCGAUUACAAUCUAUGGUAGAGCAAGAGGCUAUCAAUCGGCAGCGGGAGAAUCACACAAAUUGGGAACGCAAUCAAGCCAGGAAUCGACAGCGUCUGCAGAAUACGGCGGCGGCGACGGCGGCCAUGUCUCCUCCCUCGCAAGUCAGUCAACCAGCAUCGGUUGUUCUAGACGAUCCUACAAUUGAGUCUGUCGAUCUUACUGGCGUUGAUGACAGUGCCAGCCUGUCAGCGGCGCUGGCCAAACAACGCGAGGACGCCAUUCUAUCUCAAAACACAGGCACGGAAUCUGGCCGAACACCGCUCACGGCGUACAAGUGCCCUGUUUGCAUGGACACUCCCACGGACGCUACGUCCACAGUCUGCGGCCACGUUUUUUGCCACCGUUGCAUCAUGGACACUUUAAAUUGGUCUAUCGAACAACGUCGCGAUGGCGCACCACCCAACCGGAAAGUGCGCGGCGUCUGCCCAGUCUGUCGCAAACCCCUUGACACUAAGGACACCCCAGGAGCGUCAAGGAGCUUAAUUCCUUUGGAGCUCAAAUUGCUGGUCCGAAAGCGAAAAAGAGAUGACAAAGGCAAGGCCAAGAUGGUCAAGGCCGAGACUCUCAGUGACGAUGAGGACGACGAAGGUGAUCAAAAUAGGCCCAGCAGCGGAAAAGAGAACAUCCGCGCUGGCAAAAGAAAGAGGGAGAGCACAGAGGAAGCCCUUUGGGGUCAGUUCAUGGCGGAUUAG